AUGUCAUCGGAUAAUAUUUCUAUAAUAAACUCUCAAACUUAUCCAGUACUUGUUCCUCGCUGGUUCUACGCGACAGAUAUACCGCUACGCGAUCCUAGUAAAAGUUUAAACCAGCCCACAGACAAAGACGAUAAAUACCCCAAAGUAUAUUUACCAUUUUCAAAAAGUGAUUCCAAUGCAUUAGAAGGAGCAUAUAUGUCAGGUGAAGCAGGAGUCAAAAUUGCAUGCAAUGAAGAUUGUUUGUAUGAAGUUGAUGUUGAUAGACGUGAACUUCUUCCUAUAUAUUGGAUUGGUCCGAUAUAUCUAGUCGUACGUGCAACAUGGUUUUAUGAAGAUGAUGGUGGCAUUUUUUUACCAUGUGAUGAAACACUGGCUGUACAAAUCGAAGAAGGUUAUAUAAAUGAAAAGGCAUGGAUUUCGUUAAUAAAUGAAUCAGAAGAAGAAGAAACCGAUCCGAAAUUUCCACAAUUAUCAGAGAAAAUUCAUAGAUUAAUUGAUGGAUAUGAAUCACAAUAUGUUAUUUAUACAAGCUCGUCAAUUGCAUGGUUAAUGAUUGAUGACUUGGCUGGAAAAUUUACAAAAAGUAUUUAUUCCAAAUUCACAAAUGGUGAAAAUUUAGGUGGAAUAAGAUUGAUCAGAGGUUUUAGCGAAGUGGUGAAAUUUAAGAAUAAAAAAUCAAUCAAAGAAUUAGAGAAUAAAAUAAAAGAAUCAAACUCACAAAAUAAGAAGGUUAAUUCUAUUAAGUUGAAUGAUGAAAGGUUUAAAGAAUUUAUUGAUUAUGAAGAAAUUGAGACACCAGAAGAUAAAAGAAAUAUAAAUCAUUUAAUAUUGGUGAUUCAUGGAAUCGGACAAAAAUUGAGUGAAAAGAUGCCAUCAGUUAAUUUUGUUUCUGCGAUUAAUAAAUUUAGAGCAUCUCUAAGAGAAACAUUCACACAAUAUCCACCACUAGAAAUCAGUCAAAAAAUGCCAAGUAACAGUAAUUUAAAUUAUAUUCAAAAAUUAAACGGCAUACAAGUUUUGCCAAUUCAAUGGAGAAAAGAAAUUAAAGCAACCAUUGAUGAAAUUACAAUUGAAGGUGUGCCAUCAUUUCUUUUACUAUAUAUGACGCCAAGAUAUAGAGAAAUGAUGCUUAGAACAGUGACGAAAGAAGUCAACAGAGUUUAUAAUUUAUUUAUCAAAUAUAAUCCAUCAUUUUUAGAGAAUAAUGGUAAAGUUUCAUUCUGUGGACAUUCAUUAGGUUCAAUAUUAGCAUUUGAUGUGUUGUGCCAUCAACCACCAUUACCAAAAAUAUCAAAUAGUUAUGGUGUGUUUGAAGAAAAAAUAAUCAUAUCAGAAAAUAUCAAGUUAGAUUUUAAAGUAUAUAAUUUUUUUGCUGUUGGAUCACCACUUGGAGCAUUUUUAUUAUUAAAAGGAUUAAAGGUUGCUAAAAAAAAGUCGUCAAAAGAAUAUGAAGAGGAGGCAAAAGAAGAAAAUGUACGUCGUAGAGUAUUAGGUGAAGAAGAUAUAGAAGAAACGUUAAGGAAAAGUCAAGAUGAAGAAGGAGUAGAAAAGUCAGAAGGAAGUCAGGGUGAAGGAGCAAAAGAAGAAAGUGUACGUCAUGAAGUAUUAAAAGGUGAAGGUGAAGGUGAAGAAGAUACAGGAGAAACGUUAGGAAAAAGUCUAGAUGAAGGAGUAGGAAAGUCAGAAGAAAGUCAAGGUGAAAGAGCAGGUGAAGAUGGCGUAGAAAAGUUAGAAGGGAUUCAAGGUGAAGGAGGUGAAGAAGAUGAAGGAAAAAAUGGAUUGAUAAAAGGAAGUCAAGAUGAUGACAGCGAAGAAAGUAAGGAAGUAGAAGGGAGUGAGACAAUUGGAAGAAAAAUUAAAGAUAAUAAAAAACUUGUUAAAAGAUCUAAAAUACAUUAUUGCUAUCCUGCUGUAAGAAACAUUUACAAUAUAUUUUAUAAAGCAGAUCCAAUUGCAUAUCGUAUAGAACCAUUGAUAGCAAGGAAAUAUUCAUCUCAACUAAAGCCUGCUUUAGUACCGUAUUAUAAAGGUGGUUUAAAAGGAAUGCAAAUAGGAUUUCAAGAAUUUGGUUCAGGAAUAGCAAAUAAAGCAUCAAAUAUAUUUACCACAGUUAAAUCAACAUUUAAAAAAGUUGUUGCCGCUGACAACAAUCAGCAAGAAAGGGACAUAAAUACAGGGGCCAACAAAUUAAAGGGAUUAAAUAUUUCUGGUAGAGUUGAUUAUUCUCUUCAGGAAGGUGUUUUAGAUAUAAGUGUUAUUAAUGCAUUAACUUGUCAUCAAAAUUAUUGGACAGAUAAUGAUUUUAAUCGUUUUAUUAUAAGAGAAAUCUAUAGGUAUGCUGAUGUAGAAGAAAAAGAUUUUUAA